ACUAUAAAGUGCUGGUUGUCUAUUAAUUCCCCACAGGUUUUAUUCAACAUCAAACACAGUGAUGUAUGAACCAGAAAGCAGCCACAUCUAAAGUACGUAGAGCAGUGUGACUGGCUGAAGGUACGAGCUCACACAUCUUCACCCUCCUAACUUGACAGAGCUGCUGCUGAUCCUGCAGACACAAAGAUGACAUCGAGGAAAGUGGUUGAGUUGUUCUAUGAUGUGGUUUCUCCGUACACCUGGCUUGGAUUUGAGGUGAUGUGCCGCUACAGAACCGUGUGGAACAUAGACCUCAAGCUGCGUCCUGCUUUUCUGUCUGGCGUCAUGCAGGGAUCAGGCAACAAGCCCCCUGCUGUGGUUCCAAACAAAUUUAAAUACAUGAUCCACGAUCUGAGCCACUUGAAAGAAUAUUUUGAUGUUUCUUUGAAUUUUCCAUCUGACCCUUUCCAUGUCAUGUUUGAGAAAGGAUCCUUGUCUGCGAUGCGAUUUAUAACAGCAGUGCAAGAGAGUGAGAAGGGUGGAGACAAGUAUGUGGAGCAGGUGUCGCGAGAGCUGUGGAGAAGGAUCUGGAGCGAAGACAAAGACAUUACUGAGCCCGCAUCACUGUGCGAGGCAGCGCUAAAGGCAGGACUGUCUGACAGCGAGAUCAAGGAAAUACUGGAGCUGUCCAAGUCAAAGGAGGUCAAAGACAAGCUGAAGAGCAAUACACAGGCUGCACUUGAUUACGGAGCGUUUGGCUUUCCCCUGCUGGUGUGUCAUGUAAAUGGAAAACAAGAGAGUUUUUUUGGGUCUGACAGAUUUGAGCUCAUGGCUCACUGCAUUGGUGAGAAGUGGCUCGGACCCCAACCUGAGAAAUCAGCUGCAAAGCUGUAGGAUGGAAGUCGUCUGUCUCAGAUGAGCCUCAGUGUCACUGCCUAGUACUUCAUGUGCUGCCACCACAGAAGCAUUAACUUAGUGAACUUGAUACAACAAUACUAGAAUGUCCUCUGGUGAACCAAGAUCACAUUGUUCCUCAUGUUGAAUGAAACAUUACUCAGUCCACUAAAUAUUAGGUCAUUUGUGGCUGCAGGAACAGGUUCAAUUCAGGUUUAAAUGUCUUUGAAAGGCCUUAUUUAAAACAUUAUAGCAAAGUUUGUAAUGCAUUGCUUAAAAAGUACAUAGUUUUAAAUAGUUUUUGGUUUUCUUGUAAUUCCACCAACAGGUUUUAUUCAACAUCAAACAUGUGGGAACAGUUUGUGUUUUUUGAUGAGACUCUAUAAAAAUGUAAAAACCACAAUAAGUUCCUAUUUACUGUGCAUGAAGUACUAGAUAAAAACAUUAUAUAAAGAAGCUGGAGAAAAAAUG